AUGUACCGAAACGGGUCAGGUUCCAGAGAUAUUUCCGGCCAACAAGACACAACUUCUCCUGACGACUAUGUGAUCAUGUCUGAUGAGAACUGGAGCUAUGUGACUGAGAGUGAAGACACAUAUAUGGACAAUGAUGAUUACACAGAUGGGACUCAUUCCGGCGACACCACAUAUAUGGAUGAAGACUAUUACACAGAUGGGACUCAUUCCGGCGACACCACAAUCUAUCGUCCAUCUUCUGGUCUUGCGCCCCAGGUAUUAGCUCCUGUUAAAAGCUUUGCCCCAGGUCAGGCCCCCCAGAAACGAUAUGUACCAGCCCCACGACGUUAUAGAGGAAUUCUUGAUCCACACACGGGUGCAGAAGAUGCCGCAUUUUUUGCUCACGCAAACACACGGUAUCAGCAAGGAAUUUGGGAAGCACUGCGCAAAAGUGAGGAGAAGUCUAGAGAGGAGAAAUCUAGGUCUGCGAGAAAGGAAAAUACCGUUUUAAUCACGGGCAAUAACGCAGUGCCUGCUGCCACCAAUGGGGAGAAAAUUAACUUCAUCAAUCUCUUAUGGGGUGAUGCCUAG